CUACCACCCAAACAGACCAUCACCUGCUGUCGACUAUCUCUUUGGGGCCGUUAGCGGCCGGGCAUACUGCGCUCUUCCCUCCAUCUCUCUUUCUCGCCGCAAUCGACUAGUCCAACUUAGACUCGACAUGCCCAGAGAUCCCCUGAUCGGCCUGGUAGGAAAGCCAUCCUCGGGGAAAUCUACCACAUUAAACAGGUGCGACGGCACAUCUACCUUCGCUACCUGUUCUUCUCGACUCACAUCCUACGCAGCUUAACAGAUGCUACGUCGAAAGUCGGUCAGUCCAGCCCAACCUGCGAUAUGCUUCUCCAAAUCCUUGCUGCGAAGAGGAGGAGCCUUGAGGCUGAUAUGAUUCCUGCGCAGGCAACUUCCCUUUCACCACCAUCGACCCCCAGCGCGCUGUAGGCUACCUCCAAGUCGACUGUGCCUGUGCGCGCCAUGGUCUCACCGACCGGUGCCGACCCAACUACGGUUCCUGCGUGAAUGGCAAACGUUCCGUCCCUAUCGAACUUCUAGAUGUCGCCGGCCUCGUCCCAGGAGCACACGAAGGAAAGGGCCUAGGCAACAAAUUCCUCGAUGACCUCCGACACGCAGACGCACUCAUCCACGUGGUCGACGUCUCCGGCACAACCGACGCCGAGGGCAAAGCGACCCGCGGCUACGACCCCUCGGUCGACAUCCAAUGGCUGAGAGGCGAAAUCGUACGUUGGAUCCAGGGCAACCUGAUGGAAAAAUGGGGCAGUAUCAAGCGACGGCACGUCGCCGUCAAGUCCACGGCGGUGGAAACACUACAGAACCAGUUCUCGGGCUAUGGCAGCACAAGCGCAAUCGUAGCGCGGACUCUGGACAAAUUACAACUCAAACAGCCAUUGGAAGAGUGGUCCGAUGAGACGAUAUCAAAAGUCGUCAACGCGUUCACGGACGAGAAGUUCCCCACGGUGCUGGCGCUGAAUAAAAUCGACCACCCGGACGCAGAUCGGAAUAUUGCCAAAAUCGCGAAGCAACAGCCCGCGGAGAGCCUUGUGCUGUGUAGUGCGAUCAGCGAGGUCUUCCUGCGACGACUCGCGAAGCAGGGAUACAUCAAGUACACGCCUGGCGCGGAGUAUCUGGACACGAGAGAAGACCUGAUCGAGCAGGGCGAUCCCGAUGGCGGCGGGUUGAAGGAGAUGGACGACAAACUGAAGCAGCGGAUCGAGAAUCUCAAGGACAUGGUGCUGUACAGGUUCGGAAGUACGGGGGUCGUGCAAGUGCUCACGCGCGCCGCGGCGUUGCUGGGUCUUGUCCCGGUGUUCCCCGUGAAGAAUAUACACACGUACGGAUCCGGAACGGCGGGAUCAACGGCCGUGUUUAGAGAUUGUGUGCUGGUGAAGAAGGGCAGUACGGUAGCGGAUGUGGCGAGGAAAGUCAUGGGUGAUGCGCCCAUUGCGUUUGUCGAAGGUGAUGGUGGCCGGAGGGUGGCCGAGGAUCAUGUCGUGAGUGUCGGGAAGAAUGAUAUUCUCUCGUUUCAUGUGGGGAGGUGACAUCUUAUUUCGACUGGGAGACGACGUGGGAAGAUGACAUGCCGUUUUCCGCCUGGGAGACGUGCAUACUGUACCUAAUGAUACCAGAUAUAUGAGUUCCACGAACUAGAAAUCAAUAGUGAGAUGGCAAAAUAAUGUGGACGUUAUAAAGACGAAUUCAGCAAUAAAGACUCGAU